AUGAUCGAUUUCGAAUCGAGCUUCGCAUCGGCUUUUGUUAAAUGCUUCCCGGACGCUGAAAUAAGUGGUUGUCAUUUUCAUUUCGGGCAACGUAUCUGGAGGAAAGUACAAUCGGUUGGGUUGCAGGUGCGUUACGGGCAAGACAGCAAUUUCGUCUUGAGUAUCAAAAUGUUGGUCGCGUUGGCUUUCGUGCCGGUAGACGAUGUUAUUAAUGCUUUUGAGACUCUCACGCAAUCAGAGUAUUUUUCUGAGGAUAAUGAGUCUGUUGAAAGCGUCCUUGGGUAUUUCGAGACCACUUGGAUUGGGUCGUUGGAUCGUCGUAAAAGGCGCCGUUCCCCUUGCUUUCCUAUCUAUAUGUGGAAUUGUUACGAUGCGGUUGUAAAUGAUUUACUUAGAACGAAUAAUGCGGUAGAGGGCUGGCAUCGAGCCUUCAACGAACGUGUGCGUAUUAGUCAUGCAUCGAUCAACAAGUUUAUUAAUGUAUUGAAAAGCGAGCAAAGUACUCUCGAGUUGUUAAUCGCGCAAAGUCGCGCCGGUCGUAAAGUACAAAAUAAGAAGCGAAAAAAAUAUGCUGACUAUGAUAAGCGCUUAAAAAAUGUUGUGCUUGGUUAUAUUGGUGCCAACAUUUUGGAAUAUCUGUGUGAAGUUGCCAACAAUAUUACUUUGUAA